CGCUGCCACUUUCUAGAUAACAACAUUAGGUUGGCUGAUGUCUGUCAGAGAAACUCCUGACUUCGUGUUGGUGAAGCUUCGGCUCGCUUCAUAGCUGAAAUAAUAAAUGAUAGGGCAGUGAAGCUCUCUCUCUCUCUCUCUCUCUUUGUGCCCCAGGAUGGAUUAUCUGCUCCAGGUUAAAAUAGGCGCUCUGGUCGGUUUGUUGCUCUUAACUCUGUUUUUUGGAUUCAUCCCUGCUCGAAUCAAAUGGUUCAGAGACACCAACGGGACAGAAAUCCACCGCACAGUGUUGAGUCUGAUCAGCUGUUUUGCCGGUGGGGUUUUCCUGGCAGCAUGUUUGCUCGACAUCAUUCCAGAUUACCUGUCGGACAUCAAAGCCGAGCUGGAAGCUCGGAAGGUGGAGACCACUUUCCCUCUUCCAGAGUUCAUCAUGGCUGUCGGCUUCUUCACCGUCCUCAUACUGGAGAGGAUCGUUCUGAACUGUCGGGAGAUGGGAGGGGCUCAGGAGGAGAGGGCACCCCUUAUACCGGGCAACAGGAAUGGGCACGGGCACGGCCAUGGAACGACCCCUGAUCUGGAGAACAGCGGCCACCACAUCCACGUUGACUUUCAGGCUCACUCCCCCUUUCGUUCCUUCAUGCUCUUCCUCUCGCUCUCGCUCCACUCGGUUUUUGAGGGUCUCGCUAUCGGCCUGCAGAGCACUGACUCAAAGGUAUUAGAGAUCUGCAUAGCUAUACUUGUCCACAAGAGCAUCAUAGUGUUCAGCCUGUCUGUGAAGCUGGUCCAGAGCGCAGUUCGUCCAUUGUGGGUGGCCGCUUACAUCGGAGUUUUCGCCUUGAUGUCACCUAUUGGCAUCGCCAUCGGCAUCAGCGUGAUGGAGGCUCAGCUUGCAGCUGGAGCACUGAUCCAGGCCAUCCUGGAGGGGCUCGCUGCAGGGACGUUUGUUUACAUCACCUUUCUCGAGAUACUUCCGCAUGAGCUCAACUCGCCCGGGAAGCAGCUUCUGAAGGUGCUCUUCAUCCUGCUAGGCUUCAGCAUCAUGGCAGCUCUGACGUUUUUGGGCUGAGACUGAGAGAAGUCGUAAUUUCAGUUGGCAUAUCUGUCAUGAACGUGACCGGGAUGCUUUGUGCCAACUACUGCAGCUCCCACGAGUUUGUGGUUGACUUUUUGUACAGAAAGACAAACUGUCUUCAUUUAAAAAGAAGAAGUGGGUUUACUGCUGCAUCCUGGUACACCCAACUCUGGAGUUUUUAAUGUCAAAGGGAGCAUGAAAAUUCGUGUUUUAUUCCUUAAGUAUACUUUUAAAACAUUUCAUGAAGGAGCAGUCCGGACAAUAAGUGUAUAUAUAAGUUCUUUUAAAGAGGAUUUUAUGUAAAGAGGAAACACGACGAUAAGUUUGUUGAACGACUGAGAGAAGCACAGGGGAAAGAAUAUCACAUGAGUCCCCUCAUUUAUCACUGGUCUUGUUUUCAAACAUGCUCUGGACCUGCAAACAACCACCGUUUCUGACCUUUGACACUAUUAAGGAAACCACUGGAAACAAAGGGUUGCCUUAAAUGUAUGGUACCAUGUAAUUAAUUCAAUCAUGUCCGUAUAUCAUUACCUCCAGAACUUUAAUGUUUACAUUUUAUUCUAACCUUAUUCAAAUCGGAAGCUUCUUCUUUCCAAAAAGCAUUGUUUGUGCCUUCACUUUGGUUGAAGUAUUUCAUAUGGUAUAUUCUUUACUACAGGCUCAGCUGGAAGGUUGGCUGUGUUAGUAAUGGUGUUUCCACUGACCCGAGUUUAUUUGAUAAAUACUGGCGUUUUAGUGCAAUUCCAGCAUUAAGCUGCUAUUAACGUCUCAUCGCAGAUCAUUGGUCAACAUGUCAUUUGUCCAGUGUAAAUGUAAACUGACUCCCUGAUGCCUUAAGAAGUUGUAUGCAAAAAAAAGACAAUGAUGAGAAAAUAUGUGGGAUAUGUUUUUAUUCUGUUUGCACUUUUCUAAUAAAGAAUCAGUGAUUAUUUCCACAAAUUUAAA